AUGGGCAUGAUCCUGGCCAUCUCGGCGAGCGAGCUCGAGACGAUGCGCCGCGCACAGCAGCUGAAGCCGAGGCCCCCGGCGCGUGAUGGUGGUGCCCUGCCUCGGCACGACGGCGUUGCGUACUACCGCCGGGCGCUCGAGGACUUUGGGGCCAUGCUGCGCGGGCUCGACUAUCGGUCGGCCCAGUGCCUCAACGAGGCGCUGGCCACAUUCUUCCUCAUGGUCGUGUACGAGCAGCAGUUUGGCCGGCACACGUCCGGGAUGGAGGCGCACCUGCGAGGGCUGUAUGCGUUCCUGGCGACGCUGUUUGCGACAAAGGGGGACUCGUCGUGGGCGGCACGGGUUCCGCUGCUCGGCCAGCAGCUGCUUCUCUUUACCAUGUACAUCAACUUGAACCUCAGCGUGCCCGACUCCCUGCCCAGGCUGUGGCGCGAGGCCGGGCACAAGACGUCGUGCGUCGCGGUCAUGGACCAGCUGUUCCACAACACCAGGGACGCGCUGCGCAACAUGUGGACGCCGGGGUAUCCCACCGAGGAGCUAGUCGACGACAUUUCCGUGUCCCGACCGCUGCAGUUCUAUCACGAGUGCUGCGUACUAAAGACAAAGCUGCUUCUUGCUCAGCACGACCAGUCUGCUGGCGCGGGGGACGAGGCUGCUUGGCAGCGUGAGCUAGAUCAGAUCGGCAGACGCUUCCAAGACCUCCUAGCGGUGGGCCGGCGGCCGGACGUCGACAUGCGCGAGCACGAGCUCCAGGCGAUACAGUUUGCCGUGGCCGAAUACCGCAGCUUGGCCGUGUACACCCACCGCCUGUUCUGCUCGUCGAGGAGGAGCCACUCGUGCCGGGACACAUGCUGCCGGCGCGAGCUCCUCGCCGAGACGCUGACGACGCUGCGCCGGGUCAUACGCGACGACAGGGAGAUGGCCGUGCGGGUGCAGUGGCCUCUGCUCGUGUUGCGGCGGUACAUGGAGUCGGAGGCGCAUCAGCUGCUGAGAGGAGAGAACAUCGACCAGGUGCUGGGCUCGCGAGGCCUGUUCCACCACCUGGGUCCCCUUUGGGAUUCACGCGUUGCAUGAAUUGGACGGACGUGCAUGAAGAGUCAAGACUCAAAACUCUCAGUUUCAACCUCGGUCUCAACUCUCAACCUGGCCCCGCCGCUUCGUGAGUGGCAACAUGGCGUGGUAACCCCUCAUCACCUCUUGCUGAAGAUUCCCUGGCGAUGCUCAUGAGGCAGGCCGAGGCUUGGCAGCGAGGUUAACGCGGGGGAACGAAGCCAUGUGAACUCUGGGCACUAGCGAUGCUCCAUCUGGCAUUUUGCGGGGGGUUGCGUUGUUAGCUUCACUUUUAACUCUGUAACCAUCCGGGCCGGCCGGGGAUGGCUGGAUGCAUGUGGGAUGGCUUGCCGAGACAGCCAAUCAUGCACGUCGAUUUGCCGGCAGAGCCAAUCAUGGGUUUCUCGCAGAAGGAGGCGAGUCCGGAG